AUGACAAUUCAUGAUCAUCAACAAUCACUAUUGGGUCAGUUGAUUCAUCAACGAUACGAAAUACAUCGAUCUCUUGGCAUAGGUGCAUAUGCUCAAGUCUAUUUAGCACGAGAUUUAUUACAACCAUCGUCUUGGUAUGCCAUUAAAACGUUACCACCAUGUACCAGUGCGAAACAAAGAGGAUUACAAAGAAUGGAAAUUGGACUCCAUGCAAGAGUGACUCCUCAUCCACAUAUCCUUCAACUUCAUCAAGUACUUCGUAGUCCUAUUAGUCACCAUGACAAUAAACAACAGAUGAUGGAGACUCAUAUGGUUUUAGAAUAUAGUCCUGAAGGGGAUUUAUUUACUGCUAUCACUGAACGUCAUCUUUAUGUCAAUCAACCAUCCAUGAUUCGUCACGUCUUUUUACAAUUAAUUCGUGCUGUACGUCAUUGUCAUCAAUCUGGCGUUUAUCAUCGUGAUCUGAAAAGUGAAAACAUCAUGGUGUUUGAUGGUGGUUGGACUGUAAAAUUAGGUGAUUUUGGCUUGGCAACCACAGAUCCUGUUUCAAAAGAUUAUGGAUGUGGCAGUACUUUUUAUUUUUCUCCAGAAUGCCAAGGUGAUUUUGAUGAACAUCGACAAGGAUAUGCAACAGCUCCUAAUGAUAUCUGGUCUUUAGGUAUUAUCCUUAUUAAUCUUACAACAGGACGUAAUCCAUGGCAUCGUGCUUCAUUUCAUGAUCCAGCUUUUCGUAUGUAUAUGGACGAUCCAUCCAUUUUGAUGACCAUGCUACCCACCAUCUCUGUACCUUUACAUCGUAUUUUAAAACGAGUGCUGAGCAUUCAUCCUCAAGAUCGUAUGACAUUGGACGAAUUGGAACAUGCUAUCUUACAUUGUCCAUUCUUCACAGGUUCACUUUUACCUAUUGUUACCAAUAAUGUAAAAUCAUUUUCACAAGUUGGCUUACCAUCUCCUCCUACUACUCCUGGUCGUCAUCCAUGUUCUUUUAUUAACAAUCAGUCUGUACUUGAUAAUGAUGAUGAUGAUGAUUUAUUAUUUUCUCCCUUGGAAACUCCCAUUUCACCUCUUCUUCAUCCUCCUAGAUCCAUUCAUCUAGAUGAACAAAAUAAUAAGGAUUGUUCUCUUUUUUUGGAUCAAUUUUCCUCAUUAAAGAUAUAA